GGUGCUUUCUUGGUUCCUUACUGCAUCAUGCUUUUUGUUGGCGGAAUACCACUCUUCUACAUGGAACUGGCCCUAGGUCAGUUUCAUCGCAAAGGCGCAAUAACUUGUUGGGCUAGAAUUGUACCACUAUUCAAAGGUAUAGGCUACGCCGUAGUUUUAAUUGCUUUCUAUGUUGACUUCUACUACAAUGUCAUCAUCGCUUGGGCUCUUCGAUUUUUCUUUGCCUCAUUCACUGACCUCCUACCCUGGACAACUUGUGAUAACACCUGGAACACGCCUAAAUGCAGACCUCUUGAUGUCAACAUCUGGUCAACCGAAACGAACAUAUCCAUCCUUAACAUCACAUCCAAGAAUAUCAGCACUACUGCAUCAUCAUCCACAGAAUUUGCUUCAGCUUCAUAUGAAUAUUUCACUCGAGCUAUUUUGGAGUUACAUCGAAGCGAAGGUUUGCACGACCUUGGCGCCAUUAAAUGGGACAUGGCUUUAUGUCUUCUAGCUGUUUAUUUAAUUUGUUACUUCAGUCUUUGGAAAGGAAUUUCAACCUCUGGUAAAGUUGUUUGGUUUACAGCAUUAUUCCCUUAUGCUGUACUGCUUAUUCUCUUAGUCAGAGGAAUAACACUCCCUGGGUCAGCAGAUGGCAUCAAGUAUUAUCUGAGCCCAAAUUUCACCUCAAUAACAAAAGCUGAAGUUUGGGUUGAUGCAGCUACACAGGUAUUCUUUUCUCUUGGACCAGGGUUUGGUGUGCUGCUUGCUUAUGCUUCCUAUAAUGAAUAUCAUAACAAUGUUUACCAGGAUGCUCUCCUGACAUCUCUUAUCAACUCUUGUACAAGUUUUGUGGCUGGAUUUGUCAUAUUCUCAGUAUUGGGAUAUAUGGCUCAUGUAACAGGAAGAAAUAUUUCUGAAGUGGCGACAGAAGGUCCAGGGCUUGUAUUCAUAGUUUAUCCCGCAGCUAUAGCAACAAUGCCUGGCUCUAUCUUCUGGGCUCUCAUAUUUUUUAUGAUGUUGCUAACUCUUGGUCUGGACAGCUCGUUUGGUGGAUCAGAGGCUAUAAUUACUGCAUUAAGUGAUGAAUUUCCCUUAAUAGGAAGAAAUAGAGAAAUAUUUGUUGCUUGUCUAUUUACUCUUUACUUUAUUGUUGGGCUUGCUUCAUGCGCCCAGGGUGGUUUCUAUUUUUUUCACUUACUUGAUCGUUAUGCUGCAGGAUAUUCAAUCCUUUUUGCAGUAUUCUUUGAAUCAAUAGCAGUUGCUUGGAUUUAUGGUACAGAAAGAUUCUGUGGAGACAUCAAGGACAUGAUUGGUUUCCGACCAGGUUAUUACUGGAGGAUUUGUUGGAGAUUUUUAGCACCACUCUUUAUUAUGUUUAUAAUUGUUUACGGACUUCUGGGGUAUGAACCGCUGACAUAUGGAGAGUAUACUUACCCAAACUGGGCAAAUAUUCUUGGCUGGGCAGUGGCAAUGUCGAGUAUUAUCAUGAUACCUGCAAUGGCACUUUAUCAGAUAAUAAUAACUCCUGGUACUUUUUUACAGAGAAUGAAAAUACUAACAACACCUUGGAGGGAUCAUCAAACUGUAUUAGCAAGGUCAAUGUCCAUGAAUGGUAUACAAACAGACCCUGCACAAAUCAGGCUUACUACACCUCAAACAACCGAUCAAGUUUAA